AUGCGCUGUACUUCGCCCUCGGUAACGGUGGAAUCUUAUGAAGAUAUCUCAACCGCAAAAGCGAGUGGGACGGAGGAUGAGAAACCUAUAAACCGCAGACGGCAUUCCUCUUUCCAUCCGCGACGGCUAAGCUCCGAUUAUGCAACAGAUGGAGAAGAGGGCUUACUACUGAAGGUUGAUAUAUUUCUUUCCGAACUCGAACGAAGGCUAGAUUUCCUCGAAAGCUACAGCAACGUCACUUUCGAUGCUAGUAUCUCGAAAGCAUACGCCACGCUACAAGCGGUGCGAGCACGAUGUUCUCAGGUUUCUGGGGAGGUCAUUGGUGUCGGGAGAAGGAGAGCCAAGGUCAUGGUCGAGACCGUGGAAUCGAGAUAUCAGGAUGCGCUGACCGCGACGGAGUCCUUGAGCGAGAAAGCCCAUGAGGGAAUUGGACUGCUGGAGAAACUACUCACGGACUUUGAGUCCCGAGCCUACAAGAUGCGGGAGCAGGGCUUCGUGGGCGCCGCGGGGACACUGAUGGAUGAGGGAAGGAGAGUUGUUGAUGGGGGAUUCGAACGAGCUCGCGAAGUGAUAGAUGAGGGACUUGAGAGAGCUCGAAAAGCUACCGAAACUCUGGAAGAACAUAUCGAGUAUGCUAUUGCGCGAGCACGAGAUAAUGGUCUUAUCAAGUACGAGGACCUCCCGGUUCCUUGGAGGAUAAACCCGCAUAUUGUCAAAGGCUAUCGGUUCACGGAAUCGAAGGUUGAUUGCGUGAGAUCUAUGUUUAAUAUCUCGAAUGAGUCGGUGAACAUAUGGUCUCAUGCAAUUGGCCUCCUCAUCGUCCUGGCGAUUGCCUUCUAUUUCUACCCCACUAGCGUCAAUUUUUCAAACAGUACAAACACCGACGUGUUUAUCGCUGCCGUUUUUCUUUUCGCUGCGUGCAAAUGCCUGGCCUGCAGUACCAUUUGGCAUACGAUGAACAGCGUCGCGGAUCAGAAUCUCAUGGAACGUUUUGCUUGUGUGGAUUACACUGGUAUCUCGCUCCUGAUCGCGGCUUCGAUCAUGACGACCGAGUACACGGCUUUUUACUGCGAGCCCGUCAGUCGGUGGGUUUACAUAACCGCCACUGCGAUUCUUGGCAUCGGCGGUGUUAUCCUCCCCUGGCAUCCUACCUUCAACAGGUCAGAUAUGGCCUGGGCUCGCGUAGCAUUCUACGUCACACUAGGUGCUACCGGGUUCGCUCCCGUAGCACAGUUGAACCUGACUCGAGGUGGAGCAUGGGCGUGGGAAUUCUACCUCCCCAUCGCAAAGAGCAUCACGGUGUAUGUAGCUGGAGCUUGUAUAUACGCCAGCAAAGUACCCGAGCGAUGGUGUCCUGGUGCCUUUGACUAUAUCGGUGGCUCGCAUAAUGUGUGGCACUUCUGCGUACUGGGCGGUAUUCUCUUCCACUACGUUGCGAUGCAAGAGUUUUUCGCCAAGGCUUUUCUGAGGGCUGGGAAUGGCUGUGGGAUUUAUUAA